AUGCCCGCACAAUCAGCAUCUUCCAGCGCGUCCCACCCCGCACAGGCGUUGACUCACAGUCCCAAGCAAAAUGGCGUCCAGUCGCAUUUCAACGAUCCCGAAUCCACUACGUCGUACACUUCGUCAACCUAUCUCCCGGCCCAGAUAAGCGCCAGCGUCGCUCCGCUGAUGACCUCACCCAGCCACUCCGCACCCUUGCCAGCAUCGCACCACAACGCCGCCACCUCGAACACUCACCUCAACACCAAGUCAUCUGCUUCGCCGAACGGGCGCAUGAGGUCUCAAACAGCAGCCCAUUCCAACGGUGCAGCGGCCCACUCGAGCUAUAGCGCCAACGCAUCCGACCUCUCGUAUCACGGCUCUCGCAGCAUACGCACAAGUCCACACAUGCGUGGCCUGCCGCAACAAAACCACACGCUGAUCCCAUCUCUCCAAGCUCUGGGAAGCAGUGUCAUUCCGCCAACUGCCAACGCCAGCGUAAACGGCGCAAGUGCUUCCAACGCAGUCACCAGUCCUAGCCAUAGUCAGACACAUUCGGGCCCACAUUGGGAGCGUCACACUGCCGAGCUCACCAACUGCAUCGUCGCCUUCCUCUCGCCCAUCCUUCCCACCGAGGAAGAGUAUCGCAUCAAAGAGGCCACACGACGCCAGCUCGAGCGCCUCGCCAAUCGCGUCAGUCCUGGAGCCAAGCUGCUCGCAUUUGGCAGCAUGGCUAAUGGCUUUGCACUCCGCAACUCGGACAUGGAUCUUUGCUGCUUGAUGGGCAAAGACUCGGAUGGACAGCCCAAAACACAGCACUCCGCUUCUGAGCUCGUAGAGAUUCUAGGCCAACUCAUCCGAGAAGAGACCGACUUUACCGUCAUGCCCUUGCCCAAAGCAAGGAUCCCCAUCAUCAAGAUCAGCCGCUCUCCCACCGUCGACCUGCCGUACGAGAUUGCAUGUGACAUUGGCUUUGAGAACCGCCUCGCCCUCGAAAACACUCGUCUCCUACUCAGCUACGCCAUGGUCGACCCGCAGCGCCUCCGCACUCUCGUGCUCUUCCUCAAGGUGUGGGCCAAGCGUAGAAAGCUCAACUCGCCCUACAUGGGCACCUUGUCCUCCUACGGCUACACCCUCAUGGUGCUCUUUUUCCUCGCGCACGUCAAGAAGCCCGCCGUGCUGCCCAACCUUCAGCGUGUGCCGCCGACGCGCACUAUGAAGCCCGAAGAGAUGGAGCUCAACGGCAACAAUAUCUACUUUUACGACGACGUUGCAGCGCUUCGCAGGGAGUGGAGUUCGCAAAACACCGACAACGUUGGCGAGCUUCUCAUCGACUUUUUCCGGUACUUCAGCAAGGACUUCAGCUAUGCGCGCGACGUAAUCAGCCUCAAGUCCGAGACGGGUCUGCUUUCGAAAGAUAGCAAGAGCUGGAAUGCCGAGCUGUGCAUCGAGGAUCCCUUCCAGAUGGGCUACAACGUCUCGCGCACCGUCACCAAAGACGGCCUUUACACCAUCCGCGGCGAGUUUAUGCGUGCGAGUCGCAUCCUGGCCAACACACGAGGCCAAAAGAUCUCGGUGCUCAUCGCUGAGCUGUGUGAGGAACGCGAGGACAGCCUCAGUCGCGCGCCGGAUGCGCCCGCUUCCAUGCAGCGCUAUCCGUACAACUCGUAUUUAGGCAUGGGCGCUGCGGGCGGCCCCAGCUAUUACGCUUCAGGCGCUACCGGAGCGCGCCAUUAUCGCGACACGUAUGGCACGAAUCGACGCUACGACGCGAAUAGCAUCAGUGGUUUCGGAGGCAGCUUCGCCUUUGAGCAAAUGGCACGCGGGCUCAGUCAAGGUGUCGCUUACCCGCCUACGGCUGCGAUGUUGGCGCCCCUAUCACGUACACAUGGUCUGAGCCCUAAGCCUCAGCCUCCGCGCUUCGCAGCGUCGAAUGCGCACGGUGCGGAAGCAGGAGCGUUGUUCAGCUCGGCUCAGAGCGAUUCGGGUGGUUAUGCACCGCUCGAUUUCACGCGUGCCAGCAUCGGCCACGCGUCGGCACGCACUUCCCCUUCCUUUAAACACGCUGUGCCUGCUGGAUUCCACUCGACCAACGGACCCGGUGCUCAGGAGGCAUUCGCAUACGGUGCCGAGAUCAGCUUUGGUGCACCUUCAGUGGCUUCUACGCGCGACGAUUUGGGCAACACCCCGCGCGGUAAGACGUCGCGCUCGUUUUCAGAGACGCUGAACCGAUCCAAGUCACUGCCUCGUGCUGCUGCUCAUGCUAAUGCUGGUCACCAUCGUGCGCACGGAGGUGCUGCUACCGCCAGUGCUGGUGCAUCUGCCUCGUUGGCUCCAUAUACGCAUGCGACAGGACCAGUGGCGGCACCUGCGCAUGCCACGUACUACGAGUCAGGUUCGCCGCGGUCGCUUGCGCCGACAGAGCUUGAGUCGCAAAUGGCUUCGCUCUCGGUACAGCAAGCGGCACCCUCGUCAGGGCUGGCUCCGCGCAGACUGUCCAGCUCGAGCCGCGCUUCGUCUUCAGCGCACUUUGACAGCAACAGCGCCAGUACGCUGCAAUGUUCAUCUGCAAGCUCGCCGUGGUCGCUGGGACCGGCUGCUGUGGAAGGCAGACGCCCUUCUCAUCACCAACAGCAGGCCGACACGCAUGCGCUGGUGCAAGAGUAUCUGCGUCGCGCAGCUCAGCUCGGUGCAGAUCCGACGCUGCCGAUCAACACUGACAAGCUUGCAUUCCGCGUACAUGAGGAUGCUGGAGCUGGAGCUGAGCAGGGCGACGACGAGCACGAGACGGGAUCGGUGAUCAGCGAAGCGACACUCGACGAGCUGGCGCGGCUGUCGGAGUUCGAAGAUGUCGGAUCGUCGACUGCGUCGCCCGAGUGGCGGGCUGUGGAUGCGGGUUGGUCGCAAAAGCAACACCCAGCACAAGCAGCAGCAGCAAGUGCCGACACGGCGCCUUCGCCACCACGAAGCUCGUCGUUGCGCCUGCCAGAGUCCAUCCUGCAACACGCAAAGAUGCGCCGGAAGGCGCAGCAGCAUGCGGAAGCGGCGGCGGCGGCUGCAGCGGCGGUCUCGAGUGGUAUUGCUAGGAAGGAACGGGAAACCAGCACCGCGUCGGGCGGUACAAAGACAAAGUAG